AUGGCUACAUGGUUCCAAAAGGAGAUUGUGCUGACGGCACCCAGCCGCGGCUUUCACUUGGUGACACGCGACGUUGAAAAGCAGCUACCCGAAAUGACUCGACUAAAAGUUGGUCUAGCCAAUUUGUUUAUCAAACAUACGUCUGCAUCGCUUAGUAUUAACGAAAACUGCGAUCCGGAUGUCCGGACCGAUAUGGAGAACGCGUUCAAUCGCAUUGUACCGGAAUCCUGGAAUAAAGAAUUUUUUCGCCACACGGAUGAAGGUGACGAUGACAUGCCGGGACAUAUCAAGUCGACGUUAAUCGGUGCGUCGGUGAAUAUUCCAAUCACUGAUGGUAAAUUUAACCUUGGUACAUGGCAAGGCAUCUACUUGUGUGAGCACCGUAACGUGGGUGGUUAUGGCUCUGGCCACCAGCGCAAGGUUGUCGUCACUAUCCAAGGGUCUGCAGCAUAA